CGUUAGGCGGCUGCGAUUAUUUUUAGCGUCUUUUAGCGUAGCUGGGCGCGCGCGACGCCAGAAAGCAGCGCCAGCACUCGUACAUAACCACCCAAGCAGCGCUGUGCGAGUGGUUCGGGCCUAGCAGCCCUGCAAAAGCCAAAACAGCAUAUCAGCCACUGUUGGCAACGCGCGGCCAGAGAUGUCCGUCUUCCAGUACAAGGCCAAGGCCUUCGGCGGCGGAGAAAGCUCGAGCUCAAGCGACGACGACGUCAGCGACGGCGAGUUCGAGCGCGAAUUGGAGCGCCAGCGGCGGGCCGAGGCCGAGGCCAAGGAAAAAAAGGGCAAGAAGCCGAAGAAGAGCCCCGCCAAGACCAAGGCACCGACGCGCAAAAAGCAACACGAAACGAUAGAGAUCGAUGACGACGUCGAGGCCUUUGCGCCCGCCAUUAACGUGGAUGAUGAUGAGCCUACAAAGCCAUCUCCGCCCAAAAAAAAGAAGGCUCGCAAGAAGCAAGAAUCGUCUGAUGACGACGACGACGCCGACGAGGACACGAAGCGGCGGCUGCGGAUGUUGAGGGAGUCGAGAGCUGCGCGGGAAGCGAUGAGACAAGCCGAGCGCAAGGUCGAGAAUCUGGCCGAGAGCGACGACGAGCCCGUCGUGGCGCAACCGACGAGACGGCGGCGCGUUCAGGUGGAGGCGCCGCCGAAGCCGGCAGCCCCGAAGUACGGCGGCGCUUUGCUCAAGAUCAAGAUCCGGACCGAGGGCGACGGCAAGCCCCUAGAUUACGAGAUCCGGGAGGACGAGCCCUUCGCCGAGUUGUUCGAACGGUAUGCGUGUGAUCGAGGCGUCAACGCUUAUGAUUGCAAGUUUGUGUUCGAUGGGGAGGUCGUCGGCGCCGGUAGCAAACCUCGAGCGUUGGACAUGGAGUCCGAGGACAUGAUCGACUGCAAGGCUCCUCCCAGGGGAAGGAAGCGGCCGCGGCCGGGCGAGGGCCCCGCGCAGCCGUCGCCGGCCAAGAGUCCAGCAGCGGCGCCAGCCAAGAAGAAGCGCGCCUCGCCGAAGGCGCAGGCGAAGCCGGCGGAGAAGGUGAAAGUGAUCCUAGUGUUCGAUAAGGGCGACGGCUCGAAGCCCAAGAAGUUCAAGAUCUGGAACACGGACGAGUUCCGCAAGGUCUUCGACGUGUACCGGAAGGGCGCGAAGGGCGUCGUGUCGUUUUCUUAUUUGGGUGCCGCGCUGAACCCGAACGCGACGCCGGGGGACCACGGGAUCGAGACGCAGGGGAAGAUCGACGUAAGGUCCUCAUAG